AUGUUCGUACAGGUUGACGAGAUCACCUUCCCGGGGCUUCCUACUUCCACAAGGAUAGAGUCAUCUCAACAUCCUGGUCGGGAGGUCACAGCUGAUAUGCUCACAACGGAUCGGGUCCCCUGGGAUGUUUCACCAAAUGAUCCGGCCGUCCUCUCCAUCAGCAAUGAAUACGGUGGAGUGCACUCUAUUCAGCUCCACACAUUCUGCCAAGGGUCCCGUCCAGAUGGUGAGAAGUGUCCGGUUUGCUUUGAGGAAGACAGCGAUACCCCCAUCAUACUGCAAUGCGAUACAUUUCGGGAGUUCAUGGAGCUGGUGGGAAUACCAGAUCCGGCCGGGGCAUUGGAGCUAUUCGGAGUCUUCGAGCUAGUCGCAGCCUUCGAGCCUGACUUCUGGGGCUGGCUUGAAGGUGUAUCGGUAGUAGAGGGAUUGAGAAGAGUGUUGGCUGUAGCAGUCAGGGUGCUGUAUACAACGGGAACAGACGCCAAUCGAGAGGCUGAUGGAACAACUGGAACUGAGAACGAACACCAAGAAGGCACAGAACAUGACAUAGGCCAUGUACAAGUGAUAUGCGGCUCACAACUUGAAGACAACGAUCGCAAGCAUGCUGGUGGAAUUCAACAGGCCGAUGAAGAUGACGAUACAGUCACAGGGUUCGCACUGGCACCGGCCACCACAAUCCAUACGAUGGCCGUACCCAAGGCCAAGGAUCCCUUCAGUGGCAUUUUGAUGAGGACUUGA